AGGUCCAUAAGUUAUUAUUCGUGUUGAACAACAGCUGUGUGACACUCUGUGACAGUUGUUCUAUUGUAAUCUUUCUUGUUAUUCCUGAUCCAUGUAAAAGUAAGAAGAAAGCUGAUCAAUACCCAAAAGAAAAAAGACCACAUUAAACGAUCAUGUUUAAAAUGUUAGGAUUAUCAACAAAAGUUACGGGUUUUUUAAAAUCUACUUGUGUUAGAUGUUCAAGAUAUCAAAAUUAUGCAACACGUAAGAGAUUUUAUAGGGGCACUGGUGUUAUCCAAAGCGACAACAAGUGGGAAGUGACACUGGAUCAUCGUCGUCUAAAGACACCAAUUGGCAAGCCUCUAACAGUGAACAGUGAGCCUCUUGCUCGUGCCAUAGCUGUUGAAUGGGAUGCGCAAAGAGAACAUAUUACAUUACCGACUAUGCACUUGACUGCUUUGUGUAGCACAGCUCAAGACAAUCCUGGAAAACUCAACAAACAUGAUAUAACAAUACACUUCCUAGAGUACUUGGCAACAGACACACUCCUGUACUUUUCUCAGGAGCAAGAAGAAUUAAGAUUACUACAGGAAAAGAAAUGGGGCCCUGUAUUAGAAUGGUUUCAAAAGAGAUUUAAUGUAGUUCAAGAGGUAUCCAAAGGAUUGGAUGUACCUCCUGUUGCAGCAGAAACUAGAGCAGUUUUGGCCCGAUAUUUUUUGUCGUAUGAUUUUCCAGCACUCAAUGCGAUGUCCUUUGGCAUGGAUGCCCUCAAGUCUCCUAUUCUGAUGUUGGCCUGUGUUGAGCGACUCUUAGAACCAAAAGAAGCAGUUCUAUUGGCCCGCCUGGAAGAAGAAUAUCAGUUGCUGCAAUGGGGUCGCGUUCCGUGGGCGCACGAGUUAAAUCAAGCUGAACUAACUUCACGAGUGGCAGCAUCCUUGUUAGUCAUACAUAGCUCUGUAGAAAAUCACACUGCGAAGGCAAAAGCGUCACCUCAAGAACAAGCCCAGUAAAUAAAGUAUCUGUAGUACAGUUUA